CAAAAUAAACCUGUCGCCCUUUCUCCUUGCGGUCCUCGGCAAGCAGUGUCACCGAUUGCUUUCCCUUUCUUUAAAAUCAGAAAUCCCAUGCCAAUUUCCCUCACUCUGCUAAAGCAACAGGCGAUAUCCUUGUUGUGAUGGAGGAGCAUCUAGUACGAAGAGGCAAAUAUUUAGUCAUUUUUGAGGAUACAGUUGAGUGCUAAGUGUUUGUCAGUAUUCAUAGGCAUCAGCCUUUUCAAAUUCUGUGCUGAAGAUGUCUUUGUCUUUGAGUUCAACUGCAUUAUCUAAUGAAGAUAAAGAGUCCCAUCAGGAGAAUGUGCUCUUGGUACGCAGCAACUUAUCCAACAAUGGAAGUCCUCUAGAACAAGAGGCUGAUGAACAAAAGAACGAACACCAUGAUGGUGGUUGUAACAGGGAUGGCGAUGAGAUUGAGUAUGACGAAGAUGAGGAAGAGGAUGUGGACUUUAAUCCUUUGUUAAAAGAAGCUGUUUCUCCUGAUGCUUCUUCAAGCCUGAGCUCAGAAAUCGAGGGUUUGGAUGCUGAUGUUGUUGACAAUGUGGAGAACAUUGCUGAAUCAUGGAAAGCUUAUUGCAAAGAAAGAAUGCCAGGUUUGCGACAGGACUGUCUCAUUGGAGACAAAGAACUUGGUGAGGAAACUGUGAUGCAAAAUAGAGCUUCUUCUGGAGCUUGUCCAGAAGACGUGAAGAAAAUCUCUUCUUCUGAACUCAAGGAGAAAGAAUCUGUUUUGGAUACUGAACCUGAAAGUGGAAUUUCAAAUAACAAGAGGACUGUAUUUAGUGGAGGGGGAGAGGGCAUUGAAGAUCUUUCAGUUGGAGAGUGUAACAAUGUUGCAAAUUCAAGGAGAUCCAUCAUAGAUAUGGAUAAUGAAGAUGCCAUAUGUAAGCGCACUAGAGCGCGGUACUCACUUGCUAGCCGUACACUUGAUGAACUCGAGACAUUUCUUCAAGAAACAGAUGAUGAGGAUGAUCUUCAGAAUGCUGACGAUGAAGAGUACAGGAAGUUUCUUGCAGCUGUUUUACUGGGUGGAGAUGGAAAUUCUGGAAAUGUACAAGAGAAUGAAAAUGCUGAUGAUGAAGAUGAAGACAACGAUGCAGAUUUUGAGCUUGAAAUUGAGGAGGCAUUGGAGAGUGACAUUGAUGAACAUGUGAAGGAUGAUGCUGAAGAGGAGUACGAGGCUGUUAGUCGAAGACCUAAGACUAGGCAAAUUAGGUGCCAAAGAGCUUCUGUUGAGAACAAGAAGAAGGUUUUAGGACUAUCAAAUAGGCCACUACGCCCUUUGUUACCAUAUCUGCCCAUUUCUCCUUACUCUGGACAUGGUGCAAAAAGCAUGAUGUUGCCAAGAUGUUCUCUAGCUUCACCCAAUCUGUCGGCUGCAAAUGAUGGCUGUAUGAAUGGAUUUACAGCCCAUCAGAUAGGACAAUUACAUUGUUUGAUACAUGAGCAUGUUCAACUUCUUAUUCAGGUUUUUGCCGUUUGUGUUCUUGAGCCGGCCAGACGGCACAUUGCUUCUGAUGUUCGGGAAUUGAUAUCACAAAUGCUUCAUAAACGUGAUGAAGUGUUAGCAAGUAGAAGUGUGCCAUAUCCCAGUUUUUGCUUCUUCUCCCCAUAUGUUCAUCCCUCAGUGUCUGAUGAACCUUCGAAGACUUCGCCUGCCCAAAUCACCAACAAAAUGUCUUCAGCACAUGUUUUGCAGGGAGACUGCUCAUCUGGACUUAACAUGGUGCAGCCUUUUGAUGGAAUUUCUCCUUCAAGAGGAAGACAUGAUGCUAUUAGUCAAGUGGGAUGCCCUGUAGGCUCCUGGGUACCUUAUAUAAGUGGUCCAAUACUAUCUGUUCUUGAUGUGGCUCCAAUCAAAUUAGUUAAGGACUUCAUGGAUGACGUUUCUCAUGCUAUGCAAGAUUACCAACAUCGGCAACUAGGAGGUAUGGAUGAUAUCUGCUCCGAGAAGGAACCCUUGUUUCCUGUGCCAAGUGUUCAUUUUACUGCUGAACCUGAUGGUCAGGCUUCCUUGUAUUCAAACAUUGUGCCUCCUCCUCCAUCAAGUUUUCCAACAUCAAAGAAGACUAUGGCUGCUGUAUUAGUAGAAAAAGCUAAAAAACAGGCAGCUGCUCCUGUUCCAAAGGAGAUUGCUAAGUUAGCCCAGCGCUUCUAUCCUUUGUUUAAUCCUGCCCUGUAUCCCCAUAAGCCACCCCCUGCAGCGGUAGCAAACCGGGUGCUUUUUACUGAUGCAGAGGAUGAAUUAUUAGCAUUGGGUUUGAUGGAGUAUAAUACAGACUGGAGGGCAAUUCAGCAGCGCUAUCUUCCUUGCAAAUCUAAGCAUCAGAUUUUUGUCAGGCAGAAGAAUCGCUCAUCAUCUAAAGCACCUGAAAAUCCAAUAAAGGCUGUUCGGAGGAUGAAAAACUCUCCCUUGACAGCAGAAGAGGUUGCACGUAUUGAAGAGGGUCUGAAGGUGUUCAAGCUUGACUGGAUGUCAGUGUGGAAGUUUAUUGUUCCUUAUAGAGAUCCUUCCUUGUUACCCCGGCAGUGGCGCACUGCUAUUGGAACUCAGAAAUCAUAUAAAUCUGAUGCUAGUAAGAAGGCAAAACGUCGGUUAUAUGAAGAGAGAAGAAAAUCAAAAGCUGCUGCUUUGGAAACAUGGCAUAUUUCUUCCGAAAGGGAGGAUAAUAUUGCUGACUAUGCUGUAGCAGAAAAUAGUGGUGCAGAUAAUUGUACAGAAAGAGAUGAGGAAGCUUAUGUUCAUGAGGCCUUUUUGGCAGAUUGGAGGCCUGCUGUAUCCAGCAUCCAAGUGAAUCAUUCUAUGUCAGAUCUGACAAAGAAAAUUCCUCCUGCUCAGCUAUUGGGAGAUGAGAGUUCUCUAGUUGCUGAAGAGAUGAAUAGCCGUCGUUCUGGAAAUGGGCAAUCGCACAUCUCUAACGAGUUCCCUGUUUCUCUGAGGGCCUCAGAAACCGAGUCCUUUUCAAGGCCAUACCGAGCCCGUAAAUUUAACAAUGGACAAUUGGUCAAAUUAGCUCCGGGCCUGCCUCCUGUUAAUCUUCCACCAUCUGUUCGAGUAAUAUCUCAGUCGGCUUUUAAAAGCUAUCACGGUGGAAUGUAUCCAGGGGCUUUUGGUGGGGAUGCUUGUACGGGUGAUACUGUGAGAGACAACACAGUCCCAAAAAUUGCAAGUGCUGCAAAGAAUUAUUUUGUGAAAGAUGGACCGUUUAGCAGUAGUGCUGGGAGGAACACUAUAAGUAAUCAGAAUCUACAGGAAACCAGUGUGUCAAAGGAUAAUAAGAAUGUUACCGAAGGAAAAGAUGAGUCAGGUCUACAGAUGCAUCCUUUGCUCUUCCGGGCCCCUGAAGAUGGCCCUUUGCCAUAUUAUCAGUCUAACUCUAGUUUAAGUACAUCCAGUUCGUUCAAUUUCUUUUCGGGUUGUCAACCUCAACUAAAUCUUAGCCUCUUUCAUCAUCCACGCCAAUUAGCCCAUACUGUUAACUUUCUUGACAAGUCUUCUAAGCUCAGGGACAAAACUUCAAUAUCAUCUGGUUUUGACUUUCAUCCACUUCUGCAAAGAACUGAUGAUGCAAAUUGUGACUUGGAAGCUGCAUCCUCUGCUGCACGAACCUCAUGUAUCUCAGAGUCAUCAAGAGGAAGGUGCGCUCAAGUUCAGAAUGCUGUCGAUAGUAGUUCAAACGCUGCCUGUUCUAUACCCUCUAGCCCUGUGGGAAAAAGCAAUGAGGUUGACUUGGAGAUGCACUUGAGUUUCACGUCCAGAAAGCAGAAAGCCAUGGGAAGCAGAGGAGACACUGACCAUUAUAUGGGAAGAUCACUAACUAGUGCUUCAGAUUCUGGAGAUCAAAAUCAUCACAUCAAUAGAACUCCAAAUAUAACCAUGCAGCACCAUGAUUCAGGUGCUACUGCAAUGAUUUUAUCCAGCGACGAAGAAAAUGGAAAUGACGUUGAUUAUAUGCCAGACCAGUCUCUUGCAGAAAUUGUGAUGGAGCAGGAAGAGUUAAGUGACUCAGAGGAAGAAAUAGGAGAAGAUGUAGAGUUUGAGUGCGAAGAGAUGGAGGACUCAGAAGGAGAGGAGAUAUUUGAAUCUGAGGAGAUAAUUAAUGAUAAAAAUGAGAUACAUUAGUUCGGUCUUCCCAGUUGGUGCUAUGUUUGCUAUGACACUUUGGCUUGGGAACACUGCUUACCUUUAUCAUGUCAUCAUGCUGACAUUUAUGCACUGAAGAAACAUCUUUUACCUACUCUGGUAUAAGGUUUCACAUUCUGUUGAGUACUUUCAUGGAACAGAGGUAUCACAUUCCAACUUAAUUAUGGCUAUUUGACAUAUGCAGCAUGCCCGUGAUAUUUUAUAGGAGAUUGAGAUUAUGGAACCUAAUGCUAAGUUAUUUCUAGGAUAAGGGAGCAUUUAACAGAUCUUGGAUGCUGCAGGAGGUUUUGUUGAUAAGCCAAAUUAUCUCUCAUCAUAUGUCUCGAUGAUACUAGGAUAGUAAGUUCCUACAGGAUCAUCGUAAUAGUUAUUGGGACGUGCAUUUUAGUGGUGCAUGGACUCGUAUACGAAGAUUGAGAACAUACUAAGAUUCAGUUUCUUGCUUAUAUAUGGAAUAUUGCGUCACAGAGCCCCGAACCGACCUGUAGGUAUGCUAACGUAAAACGAGGAGUUGAGCCUGAACCUGCAUAGAUUAUUGGUUAUUGAUGGAUGUUCACCUAACAGGAGAUCUUCUUUCAGAUAUUAUGUUUUAAGGUAUGUAUCAAAAAAGGGAAAAAACUGUCUUUAUGGGAUUUAACCUACCUUACCAAUUAACUGUCGCAAUGGGAGAAACCCCUUUUCAGUAUGAUAUAGUUACUAAUCUCUCAAAAAAUAAGUAUGAUAUGGUUACUAAUCUCUCAACAAAUAACUUUUUCCUAAAAAAAGUAUGGUAUAGUUACUGAGUCAAGUGUAGAGGUUGAAUAUAAGGAUGUACAUUGAUUUCAUAUUAGCUUUUGUGGUUAAAGUAGUUAGCAGAGGAGGUGAAGUUUAGGACAGCGAUGCAGAUGAAGCUGAUUUAAGAUAGUCAAAUUGCAAUGCAUAUUGCUUUUAAGCCAAUAUUCUCAUCUGCAAGAAAAUACUGUUUCAAUGUAUCUCUUCAUUAUUUUUGUUGGCUUACUUAGUCGGCAGAUAUACUCCCAAAGCUCUCCUGAGACAAGUAUAUUCGUGGUAAGUAUAUGCUCUUCAGGUCAUUUUAGAACACAUUAUGUUUGGUGUUCUUUAUACUUUUAUGUCAAAUCUGCCGAGAGAUAUUUACUUUUACACAAGAGAUCUAUAAAUAAAACGCAAGAGAUCUCUGCAGGGUUAUUUUCUUGUAUUCAAAUUAUAAAGGGUUAUGUUGAACCAUUUCCUAUGUCAGCAUCUAGAAUGUUAGAAAUACUUGCUAGUAAUUAUGAUACUUCCCUUUAUUUCAUGUACCCUAGAUUCCUAUAUGAGGAGCUCUUUCCUAUACGCUUUCUUCACUAAUUCUUCUCUUUUCUCAUGUAGUUAAACAUUUUAACAUGAAAAUAAGUUCAAAUGAAGCAACAGGUUCGAAACCUGCUCCAGACAAAAGCUUGGUAUUUAAGUGGGAGAGUAGGGGGGUGGGUCCAUCAUCCACUUAGCUUCAAACUGUGCACCACUGACCUCAAGAAUUUCUCAAUUAUCAAAAGAAAGUUUAAAUGAAUCAAUAUAAAAACCAAUUUGCUAAAGUAUUAAAUUGUGGUGGAAUAGGUGGCGUGGAGGCGGGGUUGGGGUGGAGGUGAGGUAUUAGUGGUGGGAAGGGAUGGUGGGAGGAGUAGAGUAUAAUAGCUAAUUCGGGGAUGCGAUGGAAACAUUAACACUAAAAAGUUUCCUUGGCUUAUGAACUGGAAUAUGGAAUCAAGGCAAUAUGUUAUUUCUUCACCGAGAAGGAAGGUUCUGAUUGUGUUAUUUGAUCUCUUUUGACUAUAAGGGGUUGUGCAGUGGAAAUUUAAAUCUUUUGGACUCUUUUGGUUUCCCUUUUGUUUAAUUGUCCCGAAGAGUGUUAAAUGUAACUUAGAAUUAACUGUUUCUUAGAGAAGCAAUUGAUGAUAGAUUGUGCUUUUCAUUUAGCUAAGAGAGUUUCUGACCUUUAUGUGUAUUCGUUGCAGCUUCUGGUUUCCUUGAAAUGAAUAAAAUUAAUCUUCUUACUGGUUAACAAAAAAUUUAAUGCUUUUACUAAGAAAAAGGAUAGGUUGUGCCUUGAAUAUGCCAUCAUGCCACAUUGGACAUCUGCAAUCUGGGAGAAACACAUGCAGUUUAUGAAUGUCAGAGAGUAUAGGCACUAAUUCAUGUUUUGGUUAGACCAGUUUUAUAGUUAUUGUUUUUUGUUUUUUAAUUUAAUAUUGUAGAGAACCAUGUUUUUGUGUAGGUUCACCACUUUGUUACAUUAUUCAUAACACCUGUGUACUGGGUUUUUCCCACCAUAUCAAUGGAUCACCUUAUCAUUCUUUUAAAAGAUUUAGCAACAUAUAUGGCUAUGAUUAUUUGACAUGUGUAAACUUGUUCUGUAGGUUGUCGACUUCCAUCAGACUAUGGAAGUAAAUGGCAUUCGCUUUUGGUGUUAUACUGCCGGUCAUGUUCUUGGUGCUGCCAUGUUUAUGGUUGAUAUUGCUGGUGUUCGAGUUCUCUAUACAGGAGACUACUCCCGUGAAGAAGACAGGCAUCUCCGUGCUGCUGAGACCCCCGGAGGUUUCUCCAGAUAUUUGCAUUAUAGAAUCAACUUAUGGUGUUCAACUCCAUAUGCCAUGUCAGAUAAGAGAGAAGCUUCUCAACACUCAUGCAAGGGGGUCGGGUGCUGAUUCCUGCUUUCGCCUUGGGACGUGCACAAGAACUUCUCCUUAUCUUGGAGGAAUAUUGGUCUAGCCAUCCUGAACUUGCUAAUUUCCCCAUAUAUUAUGCUUCUCCACUUGCGAGAAGGUGUAUGGCUGUCUAUCAGACUUACAUCAAUGCCAUGAAUGAAAGGAUCCGCAAUCAGUUUGUCAACUCAAAUCCCUUCAAUUUCAAACAUAUUUUUUCUCUUGAA